AUGGGCGUCGGCACCACAGCACUUCUGAUCACCGUAUUAGCUCAGAAACUGGAACCAUCUCGAGCAGAAAAAUAUGUGUACAAUUUCGUACUAAAGGCACAGUUGGAUAAAAGAAGGAAGACGGCAUCCGCUGAUGCCAUUAAGAACUGGUUUCAAUUAUGUCGUCUGCGAAGGAGUAAUAAUAUCAUUAACAUGGAAUAUAUUCGAGUUCACGGAAAACUACUACAAGCCAUAAACGCCAUGCAGGAAGCAAAACACAAAAGAGAUUCCACUGGAGAGUCCACUAUUGGUUUCAUCGAGAUAAGCAAAGGGAUGAGUGACGUGGAGAAAAAGACGGAGGAAGUUCAGCGAUCCAUCAGGGACCUGAAAUCAGACCUUGUGUACAUGCAGAGAAUGUCCAGAGAUCUGCAAUUCAGAUUUAAUGAUAUAUACACAGUCUUGCACGAAAUAAACCAAAUUAAGACGAUUCAUUUUAAUUUUUUUUAUGUGUGA